AUGCAGAAGCUGCUGUGCAGAAGCCCUUCCUCCUCUGGCCACUUCAUAAUCUCCAUUAACACGCCCUUCUCACUUUCCUUCUCGAGCCCCACCUUUCCAUCUCUGGAUUUCAGCGGCGGGGCAUCCAGAAUUAUCCAGAGGAUGUCUUACUCCUCUUCAGCCGCCACCGCUCUCCGCUGUCUGCAUCCCCUACGCCUCCGGUCGGCGAACCCCCUUCAUGUGGACGCGCGUCAGGAGCUCAGUCUCAGGGAAACGCGGAGACCCUCUUGCCGAUUCCGUCCCUGCAGCCGCCCCGCAGAGGUCGGCGGUGGAAAGCUGCCGUUUAGGGCAUGGGUGGUUGUGAAGGAUAGAGGUGGCGGCGGCUUGGGUGGGGCCCGAAGGGCUUGCUACGGGACGCAGGCGGGUAAUUUGGAUAAGGGCGACGGUGAAAUGUUGACUGCGAGUGAGGUUGAGGUCGACGGAGAAAAUGCGAAAGGGAAGGUGCAGAGGAGGCAGAGAAGUGGCGGUGGCGGCGAUGGUGGAGGUGGGGCACCGCAGCCAGUUGUUGGGAGCCCCGAUUUGCUGACAAUACCAGGUGUGGGGCCCAGGAAUCUGAGGAAGCUGGUCGAGAAAGGGUUUGAGGGUGUGGCUCAGCUUAAACAGCUCUAUAAAGACAAAACAGUUGAGCCUAUGGAGAGCAUGCUGAGUUUCAUUGAGAAGAUGCUAAAGGAUGAGCAACAUAUUACAUUAGAGAUUGCUGCUUAG